AUGUAUUUCAACCGAGCAUGUGACAACUGGCUGGCUAGAAACCCGGGACAGACUAUCACAAUUUAUGAAAUACAGGAGCUGAUUAAAACGUCAGUACCAGCGGCUGCUACAAUUGAAAAUAUUCAAUCAGUAUUCGGAGUAUCCGGGACUUCACCAUUGAAUGAAAACAUUCUUCCUGACUCCGAGUUUAGUGGUUCUUAUGUGACAGGUAGGCCGAUGCUCACUUCCCCUGUUGGUGAUAAUUCUUCAGCAUGUGAUGUGAGUACAGUGUCUGUGCCAUCAACUUCCGAUGCAACUAUCGUCGAAGAGGUUCCAAUUCCUGAUCACCAUACAAUAACUGAAACUCACUCUCCGGCACCGCAAUGUUUAUCUGUAAAUACAGACCAGAUUACUACCACAAUACCCUUUCUUGCAGAUCUUUGA